CAGUAUUGACUCAGUCAACGCGGCGGAAAGAACUUAGAGCGUGUGUCGAUGUCGGAAGCAGUUGCUUAGUUAGUUUCUUCUAUUGUUAAACAUAAAUGAGAGGGGGAAUAUGUACCUCGUAUUGAGCGAAAUGUGCUUUACCCGUGACGUCGCGUAGUUGUGCGAUCUUUGAACUGCUAUUUUUGCUGCUGCUUGAUUGCAGUCGAACAGUAUUAUUCGAGCAAGCGAACUGUAAAGACCUCGCGGCUAGCCUGUAACCGUUAGCAACCCAACAGAGAAGCAAAGCAAAGCAAAUCAAAGCGGAGCGGAGCGAAGUCGAAUUUGUUUACAUUUUUGUUGAAUGAAAUUGCAAUUUAUUGACUUGUAGACAAACCCUGAAUAAGUGUUGGGUCUAAUUGUUUAAACGUGUCUAACAGCUGCAUACAUAUAUUUUAGUGGCACACUUCAAUAAAAUAAAGUAAAGUUUUAAAAUGGCUGAAGUUAAAUACUUGGUUGUGCUACCAACAAUUCCCAACGAAUCAGACAGGAUGAGCAAAAUGGGUAUCCAAGGAUGUCUGCUGCAGGAACCAGAACAAUUCUCGAUCAAUUUCGUAAACAGUCCCAGCUGCACAGACAACAUAACAUAUCAUUUUAAAGUUAGGGUACCCGCACAGACGAUCGUCGAGAAUUACAAGAUCAAUGGCGAGUGGAGCGACGCGCAUCAGGAGAAAUAUCUGAAUAUAUUCGAUGAGUCAACCUUUUCGCUUGAGUUUCAAUUCGAUUACAAUAAUUCGACCAUACACGUUUAUCAAGUGCGUGGCCAGGGCCACAAUUUCGUUACGAAAUUCGAAACGCUCUUUUCCCUAUCCGACAUACAGUCGAUUCAGGUGUGGGGCGAUGUCCAAAAGAUAAACCAAUUCUCAUUGAGUUACGAUUGAGGGUAGCUGCAAACCUGAUAAACGAGCUAUAAGGUUAGCGCUGCAUUCUUGCUCUUCUCUAUAAAUCUGUUUUCUUCUGGUAUGUUUGGUCCACCGCUUGGUUUCUGUUUGGGUUUGUUUGUUUUGUUCUGUUCUUUGCUUGGCUUGGUUCUGUUCGGUUUGGUUCGGCUUGGUUUGUUUUGCUCUCUCCCACAUCUAACAACGUUAUUUGCACGUAGUCACAUGCACAAUUCACACGGAAGCUAAAUAUAUACAUACAUAUAUAUAUGUAUGAAUCAAAAUCGCAAUCAUUCGGUUUACAGUCUCACAUUUGGAGUAAAUUGCAUCGUCCUGCUACGCUUUUUGCACUGCGCCUGGCUGGAUAGCUCCAUUGCUGCAUCAUGAGUGGAGCGUACCCACUAUCCAGUAGUAUUUAUGUAGAAUGUAGAAAGUAGUCGCUAAUUUUAUUGUAUUUUUCUUUUUUGUUAUAUAUAAUUAAGCCAAAGAAUUUGAAAUUUAUUUAUUCUCUAUAAAAUAUAAGCAAGAUACGAAUUCGGCAAUCGCACAUCCCAUUCAAAGUAUUAAUAAUAAUACAAAAUAAUAAUAAAAAAAAGAAAAAACAAGAAA